GGCUCAAGAAGUUCGUAGCCUUUGUCAGGCCCGGGAUGGGAGGUGAGUUUGUCGGUCGGAUACCGCUCUUCUCCGCUCGGCCGGGGUGGUGGCCCCCUUGGACAUCAACGUGCCGGGUCGGAGCUGCAUUGCGUUUGUGAAAGAGGCCUCAAGGGCAGACCGUGAGCCCCAUCCCCUGCCGCUCCAGACCCCCCCGGGAACACGGGUGCUAGCGCGGUGCUCGCGGGGGCGCGACGGGCGAGGCGUGGGGCAAUCGCGGGGCUCCGGGGAGAGCCUGGAGCGCCAUGGAAUCGGUUUGCGAGCCUUGAACCUCGGCCGCAGCUCCAGCGCCGUCUCUUCCAGCCGCCAGUCCUCCCGGGGACAGCUGCAAGCGACAGGGACAGGCAUCCGAGCACCCAGGCUCAGAGAUGCUGUCCCCGGUUUUCCAGGUUCCAGCCUCGUAGAACCGAGCUAGGCUCGCGAGCGAGAAAGAAAGCCGACGUGAUCUGAUCGAAACCUUCCAGCAGAGCUUCCAGAGGGCAGGCAGGAAGGAGGACCACGAGGCCUCGGGGGCUUCUCACUCUUAAUGUCCAGCCAGGCCUGAACUGGGGAGAAGAGCAGAAGCUUCAGAAGCAGGAGGAGGUGGUGAUCAUGGAGACACAUUUGGCCGAAAUGCCCGAGAAGAGAGCUCUGUCUUCCCAGGAUUCCCCCUUUUCCCAAGGGAAAAGCACAGAAGGGGAAGAAGUGGCAGCUUUGCGCCUCACAGCCAGAUCCCAGGCAUCAGUGACAUUCAAGGAUGUGGCCAUGGACUUUACCCCAGAGGAGUGGGGGAAACUGGAUCCUGCACAAAGGGACGUGAUGCUGGAGAACUAUAGGAACCUGGUCUCGCUUUGGCUUCCAGUUUCUAAACCUGAGAACUACAAUUUGGAGAAUGGAAAAGAACUAUUGAUGUUGGAGAGAAAAACCCGCAAAAGCAGCUACUCAGACCUGGAGACUAGACCUGGGAGCAAAAACUCAACUUCAGUGCAAGAUUUUUCCAAAGAAGAGUCGUGCCAGGUUGCACUAAUAGACAGGCUGACAAGGAAUAAUGUGUAUGACUCCAACUUGGAAACAACUCUUGAAUGUGAAAAUUGGUUAGAGGAUCAGCAAGGAAAUCAAGAGAGACACUUGAGAGAAAUGUUCACCCACAUGAAUUCAAUCCCUGAAGAAAGAGCUCGUGAGCAUGAUGUAUGUUGGAAAAACUUAAGUCAGAAAUCUGUCCUCACUCAAGACAGAGUUCCCAAAGGAUCCUAUGACUUUCAUGCACUUGAAAAAAGAUUGAAACAGAAAUCAAAUUUAGUGAAGAAGCAGAGAACCUAUACAGAGAAAAAGCCUCAUAAAUGUAAUGACUGUGGUGAACUCUUCACUUACCAUUCAGUGCUUAUUCGACACCAGAGGGUCCAUACUGGAGAGAAACCCUAUAGCUGCAAUGAAUGCGGGAAAUCUUUUAGCCACAGAGCUAAUUUAACUAAACAUCAGAGAACUCAUACUAGAAUUCUCUUUGAAUGCAGUGAAUGCAAGAAAGCCUUCACAGAAAGCUCAUCUCUUGCAAUACAUCAGAGAAUUCACAUUGGAGAGAGACCUUAUGAAUGCAAUGAAUGUGGGAAAGGUUUUAAUCGAAGCACACAUCUUGUGCAGCAUCAGUUGAUUCAUACUGGAGUGAAGCCUUAUGAAUGUAAUGAAUGUGAUAAAGCUUUCUUUCACUCAUCAUCUCUCAUUAAACAUCAAAGAACUCAUACUGGAGAGAAACCCUAUAAAUGUCAGGAAUGUGGGAAAGCCUUUAGCCAUUGCUCAUCGCUUACUAAACAUCAGAGAGUUCAUACUGGAGAAAAGCCAUAUGAAUGUAGUGAAUGUGGAAAAACCUUUAGUCAGAGCACACAUCUUGUUCAGCAUCAGAGAAUUCAUACCGGAGAGAAACCCUAUGAGUGUAACGAGUGUGGGAAAACCUUCAGUCGCAGCUCAAAUUUUGCUAAACAUCAAAGAAUUCAUAUUGGGAAGAAACCGUACAAAUGUAAUGAAUGUGGAAAAGCCUUCAUUCAUUCAUCAGCUCUUAUUCAACACCAGAGAACUCAUACAGGAGAGAAACCCUAUAGAUGUGAUGAAUGUGGGAAAAGCUUUAAGAGUAAUUCAUCUCUCACCAGACAUCAAAGAAUUCACACCGAAGAGCAACCUUGAAAAAUUAAUGUUAAGAGAUGUAAGUUGGUUUUAUCAUUGCUUUAAUUACCUGAGUGUAUAGGUGGAAUCCCCAUGAAAUGUUGCUUGAGGACCAAUUCUGUAUGCAUCUAAUUAUACUUGCAUAAUGUAUAGUUUUGAGCCAUAGACAGAAUGUUCCUUAUAUCCAUUGAUUAGAUAAAUAUGAAAGCUCCUAACCAGACAUCUAAAAUUUUGAUCCCCAACACCCAGCAUGGAAAUUCAAGAAAUCCUUGAGAGUGGGUAGCAAUAUAACCAUUGUGAAAUUCAGUUCUUCUCUUUGUUACAUCAAAACCAUGAUAAAGCAUUUCACUUUGUAAGGAAUUUCUUAAUAGGUUAGGCAGAAGGCUCAUAUCCUAACCAUUGGGAAGACACAGUUAAUCCUCUUUGAAUCCAAAGUAGAGAUCCAGAUCCAUAAAUAGUGUCUUUUCUCCAGAGAAUGUAAUUUCUUUUAUAUUAGCUAUAAAAACUUAAAGGUUAAGAGUUGAGAUAUGCUGUGGAUUCCCUUCCCCUUCUGCCCCACCACCACCACCACCACCACCAAAGGCUACUGUCUAAUUUGAUUAACAUAACUGUUCACAGCAUUUUCUAAGUUAUGGUCACUUGGAUCAUGCUGUUCAUAGGUUUUGAUAAUUGUUAUCCCUCUACUGUAUAGUGCUUCAUCUUCUACUUCCUUGGAAGUUACCCUGAAGUAGAGAAUGGGUCAAAAUCUUAGCUGCAGUUUUUUAUCAAAUCCCUCUUUUCUUAUCCUUGCCAUUGAAUGGAUCCUUGACUUUCUAUAACCACAAUACCAGGGAGAUUUCUUUUUUUCACAUUAUUCUGCUUUCUGUAAACUAUGCUUUGUCACUUUUAGAAAAAGCCCCUGAGAUGUUGAGGGUCUGAAAAGUUGAUGGGUUCCAUGUGUUAUAUUUAGGAUCCCUGGCAAGAAGAACUGAAGAAACUCUGAGACACAGGACAUACCUUCCAGUCAGAUAUGGAAAGUAGCUAAUGGGACAGUGACUCACUUGAGGAAGAGCAGCUUCCUUCCAUGAAGUUUCCAUUUCUGUGGCUUUCAUGUUCACAUGCCUUUUUUGUCAUUUUUAUUCUCCCUAUAUGCCACUUUGUCUUUGCUGUAUCCAGAACCCUCGAGUAAGUAAAAAUAUACAAAACCACAAUGACACAUUGACAUAAGUUACAUGGGUGACAAAGACCAGUAGUGGGAUUGGUAACACAAAAGCAAAAGUUCAGAAAAAUACUUAGGAAACCACUAUUCAGAUGUCAGUUUUUAUUGGGUGAAAAGAAGUGUAUAGACAAAAUAGAGGAGAAAACUUAGUUACAGAUUUCUUUCUCUUCUAAAUCCUAUCCUUUAUUAACAUUCACCAGCCAGUUCAUGCUCUUGCCCCCUCCACAUUAUUCCUGUGAACACUGAUACUAUUACUGAGGAAAAACCGAGAUUAAAGAAGUGGUGGUAGAAGAGAGCAAGAUCAUUCAGUAUAAAUCAAGUGUAAAUCUGGUAAUGAUGGAAAUCAAAGACAACAGUAGGAAAUGUUUGGACCGAAAGGACUGGGAAGAAGUUUUAGAAAGAACAGAAAAUACAUUGAAGGGGUCAAGGUGGGCGGAAACCCUCAAGGUCUGAGAGGUCAGGGUGGGAGAAUGGCUGACCCAGGAAGAAAAAGGAAAAGGAGCCCCACCUUUCACCUUAAUAUUCAAUACACAUAGUCUAAAGCAGGAAUUGACAAACCAGCCUGGACCCACAUACCAAGUCCUGCCUACUGCCUGUUUCUGUAAAUAAUGUUUAAUGGGACCUUGGCCACAUUCAUUUACAUGUUGUAUUUGUCUGUUUUGUGCUACAACAGCAGAGUUGACUAGUUCCAGCAGAGAGUGUCCCAAAAAGCCUAAAAUAGUUGCUAUUUCUCAAUAAAGCAAAUGAGAGAAAAUGUAUUUACCAUUUGGGGGCCAAAUUUUGACUAACAGUAAGAUCAACAUGAGCUUUUCAAAGCUGGGUUUGAAUUGUGCCACCACCACUUAGCAAUCGUGUGACCUUGAAAAACUACUCUUAAGCCUUAGUUUAUCUUUAAAAUGAGAAUAAAUUAUCCCUCUUUAAUAAGGUUAUUGUGAGGAUUAAAUAAGUGUGUGGAAAGGACCUGACACACUCUAAGUAUAUAGAAAGCCUCUCUAGAUAGGGAGAUAGAUAUACCAUCACAUUGGAGAUUAGGUUUCUACAUGAAUUUGGGAGGAUAUAAACUCUAUUGGGGUUUUUUUUCCUAUUUUAAUGAAGUGGUGUCUUAGUAUGGGCUGCUAU